CCCGAGACCGCAAGCGAACCCACGAUUUCGCAAGCAGAUCGAACGAACCGAGCCGAAGCGAGAGCAGAGAGCAAGGCAAGGAGGCGGCGGAACCGGCGAUGGAGCGGCUGCAGCGGAUCUUCGGCGCCUCCGGGAUGGGGCAGCCGCCGACGGACUCGCCGCUGCUCGACUCCUCCGAGCAGGUCUACAUCUCCUCCCUCGCGCUCCUCAAGAUGCUCAAGCACGGGAGGGCGGGCGUGCCCAUGGAGGUCAUGGGCCUCAUGCUCGGCGAGUUCGUCGACGACUACACCGUCAGGGUCGUCGACGUCUUCGCCAUGCCGCAGAGCGGGACCGGGGUUAGCGUCGAGGCCGUCGACCACGUCUUCCAGACGAACAUGCUUGACAUGCUCAAGCAGACCGGCAGACCAGAAAUGGUUGUAGGCUGGUAUCACUCGCAUCCUGGCUUCGGUUGCUGGCUCUCAGGAGUUGAUAUCAAUACUCAACAGAGUUUUGAAGCUUUGAACCCCAGGGCGGUUGCUGUUGUGAUAGACCCCAUCCAGAGUGUCAAGGGGAAGGUGGUUAUUGAUGCAUUCCGCCUCAUUAAUCCUCAGACCAUGAUGCUUGGCCAGGAGCCACGACAGACAACGUCUAAUGUUGGGCACCUAAAUAAGCCGUCUAUUCAGGCUCUUAUCCAUGGGCUGAACAGACAUUACUACUCAAUUGCAAUCAAUUACCGGAAAAACGAGCUUGAGGAGAAAAUGUUGCUGAACUUGCACAAAAAGAAAUGGACCGAUGGACUAAUUUUGAAGAGGUUUGACACUCACUCGAAAACCAAUGAGCAGACUGUCCAGGAAAUGCUGAACCUAGCCGUCAAGUACAACAAGGCAGUGCAAGAGGAGGAUGAGCUGCCACCUGAGAAACUCGCGAUAGCAAAUGUUGGUCGGCAAGAUGCGAAGAAGCAUUUGGAAGAGCAUGUGUCGAAUUUAAUGUCAUCAAACAUAGUUCAGACCCUAGGAACCAUGCUUGACACGGUUGUCUUUUAGGUUGUCACUCUUGUUGUACCUAACUGUCUACACAUACCCACUUUAAGUUUAUGGAGGCCUGACAUGUGCAAUGACCUUACGCCAGAUACAUUUUGGUUCUAAGGUUUGUUUAUGAAUGCAUUCUUCUGUUGCUUGGUGUUGUUUAACUUCA